AUGAAAUAAAUUAAGUAAAACAGUGAAUAGGAUACCAAUAUCGAUUAGACUUAAACCAAAAAUAAAUUUUAGUACUCAACUUAAAUUACCAUUUCUUAGAAUUAAAAUACUGUAUUUUAUGAUUACAAACACGAAUAUUGUUAUAAUUGCCCCAUGAUGUUUCUUAGUAAGAAGCAGGACUGCAAUCACUCAACUGUGAUUGUAAUAAAUAACAAAAUAAGUCAGAGAUCUUUUGGUAAUUUAAGUUAAAGCACCUUAAAUAAAAGUGAAAACAGUAACUUAGAGUAAGAUUAGUAGGCUAUGGAGAAACAAGAGCAUUCACUUAACUUAAAUUAAGUUUAAAAUGAAGAUUAGAAUGAAAAUUCUUAGAUUUACGAUAUUAGCGUGGUUAAUGAAAGCAAUGAAGAAGAAAAUAUGAAUGAUAACUCUAAUUAAAAUGAUUUAUUAUUAAUUAAUUAGGCCAAAAGAAAAAAUGUUAUUAAAAAUGUAAUGUACUCAUUCAAAAAGUUUAUGUAUUUGAUCUUAAAUCCAGAAGAAAAUACAUAGCAAUAAUAGAUCAGCUAAGCAGAAAACAGCGGUAUUGGUAAAAAACAUUACGAAAGAGCUGGUUUUUUUAAACAACCUAAAGUUGAAGACUAUUUUAGUAGCAAUGAUAACCUAUAGAAUGUCGUUUAAUACGCUUAAAGUGAAAUCAAAAACAUGUUUAAUUAAAAUUAAUAAGAUAAAGAAAACAACUUGUCUGAAGUUUACUAAAAAUUUAAGAGAUAUAUAGAAAACAAGCCAUUCAACCAUUAGACAGUUUGUUUAUUAAUUAAACAUUAAUAGUACUCUUCUAUUUUUAAGUUUUUUAUUUAGAAUUUUAUUAGUCAGUGGCUGCAAAAUAGCAAAAUUUAGGAUCUAUAAUCACAUUAAAAAGUUAUUCAAUUUCUUUUACAUUCAUACGAAAAUAAAUCUCUUCUUGAUAAUUUAUAAAAGCACAAAAAGAGAAAAUUCUUCUAAAUUAAUAAAAAAAUCAAGAAAAAAGAUAAAAAUUGA